AUGAAAAUCAUAACCUGGAAUGUCAAGAGAUGGAAUGCCCCUGACAAACGCCAAUUGAUCAAACGAGGUUUGGAUCAAUUAAGGCCAGAUGUAGUUUUCUUACAAGAGACAAAGAUGAAUAAAGAGGAAGCUAGCUUACUCAUUAGAUCCUGGAAGCAGUGGACAGGGGCCUUCAUGGAUUCGGAGGGAGCCUCGGGAGGUUUGGGUAUUCUCUGGAACCCAAACAACCACAAGGUUGAGGAAGUAUUUGUUUCCCCUAUGUGGCAGGUGUGUAAGAUUCAUUCAUUUCCUCUAAAUGCUGAUUUCAUUUUGAUUAAUGUCUAUGGCUCGUCAAAACCAAGUCUUCAAAGAGAAUUUUGGAAGCCCCUCUCUUCCCUCAUUCAAGAACUAGAAGAAGGUGUUAUUAUUAUUGGGGGUGAUUUUAAUGCUAUCUUGGAUCUGAAUGAUAAAUCGGGGAGCAAGGGAGGACCUUCUACGUCCCAAGUAAAUUUUCAAAAUUUUGUGGUUGAGAAUGGACUUAGGGAAGUCAAAUCCAAGGAAGGUCAGUUCACAUGGUCGAACCGAAGGAUCUUAGGGAACAAUGUAGCAGAAAAUCUUGAUCGUUUCUUCUUGGGAGGGCCCUGGGCGGAAACCAAUCUCCUUUUCAUCUCAAAUAUCCAACCGAUGGUUGCUUCAGACCACCUACCAGUGGAACUCACCAUAGCUUUCGAUGGCCCUCCCAUUAGAUGCCCUUUCAAAUUUGAAAAAAUGUGGUUGAGGGAUGGAAGUUUGAGGGAUUUAAUCAAGGAAUGGUGGUCUGGGGCCCCAAAGACUUUUGGUACUAAGGCCUUUGUUUUUGUCAAGAAAUUGCAAUUUGUUAAGUCUAAAAUCAAAGAGUGGAACCGAAUCAAGUUUGGCAAUAUAUUUGCAAAUAAAAGAGAUCUGGAGGGAAGGUUGGCUGCAUUGCAAGAAGAAAUAAUUCAAAAGGGGAUGUCAUCCGAGAUGUUUUUGCAGGAGAGAGACCUCAAAAGUCAAUAUAGUGAAGUUUUGGCCCGAGAGGAUAUCUACUGGCGUCAAAAGUCGAGGGAGUGUUGGCUAGGGGAAGGGGACAGAAAUACAAAUUUUUUCCAUAACUCGGUUAAGGCGAGAAGGUCCCAGAACAAAAUCACUACCAUUUAUAACAGUGAGAAUGUCUUGUUAGACAAUUUGUAG